AUGGAAAGAAAACAAAAAGAUUUUGAAGAUUUUUCUAUUAAAUGUAAAGCUUCCUACGAAGAUAUCAGAAAAACUUAUAAAGAUGAGCUAAGCCAGUUUACUAAAAAAGCAUAUAAACGUAAUGACAAAACUGUAUUUCCAACUAAUUUAGAAAGACAGAAUGUUCAUUUAGCUGACAAUGUUUUCCACGAUUCAACAAUUGCAACUGUUAACUGUUAUGAAUCUUAUCAGGGCACUUCAAAAUUUCUUCAAAUUAUUAAAAAAUGGUGGAAUAUAGUUAACUGUAACUUUGGAGAUGAUUGCAAACAUGAAUUUUUAAAUAGAUUUUUAAUAUGGCUUGAACAAUGGCACAAUGAUGGUGAAAAUGUCGGAUUGACAAGAGAUACGCAUAAUGCUUUAAAAAGAAGCACCCAAGUACUUCUAAGUUUAACAAAGAAAUUUAUAAACAAAAUAGAUAUGCCACAUAAUGAUAUGUACGUAUGCGUUAAAAAAAAUCACUGUGUAUUAUUUAACAUACAAGAAAGCAAUAUCAAUAAUAUAUACAAGGUUGGCGAAUCAGACUCUGCGCCAAUUCAAAUCGAAUUUCUUUCUUACUUGAAAAAAGCGGAGCUCUUUAAGAACCCCGAAAAGCUUAGAGCACUAAAGAAUACGCCGUAUGCAAUUUCCAACGAUCUUUGUGAGGAGGAUAGAAGGGAACUUAAAGUAUUAAGAGAGCACCUAAAAAAAGCGUUGAACGAAAACAAACAAGCAAAAAUAAAAGGACUCAAAUUGGAAAUCGAUAGUAAACUUUAUACGGCUAAACAAUUAGAAGACCUUUCAGAUCCGGAUGUGUCCUUAAGCAGUAGCUCAGAUCUUGAGGAAUCGAGCGAAGGAGAAAGUAAAGAAGAAGAGAAGGAAAAAGUGAAAUCAAAGGCAGAACCCAGUAUCGCGCAAACCAAGAAAAGCAAAAAGAGAAAACAACAGAAAACCCCUAGCCCAGAAGGAAUUAAAACAAGAUCUAACAAAAAGAAGAAAACUGCAAGAAGAUUCUGA